GUCCAUUUGGGUGAUUUGUCUCAUUGACCGAGUUGUGAAUGACCCCAUAACAAUGCUUCAGAUACAGAAUCAAGUUUUCAAGGGGUCGAGUGAAUCAAAGAACUCUGAAGGACAGAGGGAAAGGAUAUCCAUACUAUUGAGUUGUGCAAUUUGUAAAGAAAAGUCUUAUAAUCCUAUAACACUACAUUGCUUACACUCGCUAUGCAAAGAAUGUUUUGAGGGAAAUAUCAGGGAACAACUACCAGACGUUUGUGAUUUGAACAGUGAUGUAUUGCUUUUUUGUCCUUCAUGUGACUAUCAGUCAUCUUGUGACAUAUCUAGUUAUUUGCAAAGAAACAUUGGGGCAUAUCUUGCUGCCCCUCAAGCCAUAAAAGCUCUUUUAGACAUUGAACAUGGACUGGACUCUCCAAUUUGCGUAUCUUGUAAAAACAAAGGGAAAACCACAUCUUCAUUGUUCUGGUGUUUUGAUUGUGUCAACCAUUUUUGUGAAGAAUGUUUUGACUUUCAUUCGACUUUACCUGUAUUGGACAAACACAAAACAUACAGUCUUGCUGAGUUGAAGAAAGAUCCUGACGUUGUUACAAAAGCUAGAGAAAUUUGUGAAGAACACGGUUUGCGUUUUACUAAAUUUUGUAGUGAACGAGAAUGCGUCUGUUGUGAUGGUUGCCUGUCUUCGGAUCAUAUAGAUAUAUGUAAAGGUGAACACAAAAAAAUACAAGAAGAAAUUAUUUCCAAGCUUGUAAAUCCUAAAGUAACAGAAUUACAGGAAUCGCUUAGGAACAUGCUUCAGAACCUGGAUAGCAAUGGAAAAGAACUGUCUGAUGUUGAAAAUAAAACUGAAGAGUUUUUUAAAGACGAGCAAAUGAAAGCUGAUGAAAAAAGUAAUAACUUGAGAAAAAGAUUGCUUGAAUCCUCAGAUUCAAUAUUGGUGGAAUCCUAUAAGAUACCGUUUUACAAAUUACAAGAAAUGGAGUCAAAGAACGCAGUGUGGAAACAACAGAAGUCAGUUCUAGAGAAUGCAAUAGAAUUAUUGUCAGCUUUAAAAGGUGGAUCGGAUUUAAGAUAUUUUCUUGAGUUGAAGAAGAUUAAACAAGUUUUAAAACAAGCAGGCAAUGUUUUAUAUGAUUGUGAAAAAGGUGGCAAGACAACAUUUUCAGUUUUAUUCGAAAAAUCUCUGGACACCUUUGCUGAUUUGGAUAGCUUUGGGAAGAUUACAGAGAUACAGUAUAUGUCAAAAGACGAGAAUUCAGCCUUUGAGAUUAGUUUUGUUGAGUUACAGUCCAAGGAAAGCAAAGAAAAUGAACCUUCAAUGCAGUUGGGAAAAAGUUUUCACUUUGGUGAACAUUUAUUUAGAUUGUCCAAAUCAAUAGAUUUAGAAAAUGGAUGGUCACACGUGACUGGGUGUGACUGGAUGUCAGAAAAUGAGAUAGUUAUUGUCGACCAAAAAGUAAAAGGCAGUCCAGGUCUUUGUGUAUAUAAUACUGACAAUGGGAAAUUGAAAUCGAGAAUUCCACUGGACCAAAAACCGUACGAUAUAUCAGUUCUUCCCAAUAAACAAUGUGCAAUCACAUUUCCGAAAGAAGAGGAAGUUCGAAUCUAUAGUUUAAAUGAUUAUUCCGUGCAAAGAGAACUUGACAUUGAUAUAAAAUGUUAUGGUGUUUGCCAUUGUUUUCACCCCAAAGGGGGAAUUACAAUGGUAGCUGGUGAAGAUAAUAUAAUUUUCUAUGAUAAAAAUUUUUCGAAAACCAAAUGCUUGACCGUUGAUGGGGAAGACAUCCGCUACAUCUGUGCGUAUAAUAACAACCUUAUUUUUUACAGUGACAUAAAAACCAACACCGUUUACAGUGUCAUCGGCAAUGGCGACAAUCGAUUUGAAUACACAGAUGACGACAGCAUUAAAGGUGCUGCUGGCAUCAUCAUUGAUGAAUCAAAAAAUGUAUAUGUUUGUGAAAAAGGAGAGGACUGCAUUCAUGUAUUGAACAAAUCUGGAAACUUCAUCAGAAAAAUUGAAGUAGGACAAAAUCCAACCUCGAUUUCCUUGUCAAGGAGUAAAACAAAAAUCUGCAUCAUACGUGGUGGGAGAUAUACCUCCAAUGUUGCAGACAUUUAUACUUUGUGAUUUUAUUUUCUUCUGAAAGCACCAAGUCCUUUUUCAUGUUGAAAGAACUGGCGUGUGAUUGCUUAUGCAUUUGCUAGAAAUUGUUGAUAUGGCAGUUUUUCUUCAAAAAUGAUUCAUUCAUGGAUGCUAAUUUGUUAAAAAAAACUUACCUCAAACAUGACCUUAACGUUUUGAAUGAAUACAGAUAGAAAUCAAUUAAAAAUCAACUAUAGUGAGAAAAAAAAUCCAAACAUGCCAGGUUUAAAAUAAUUUUAUGUGAUUAUUGAAAAUUUACUAUAUCUAUAUACAGAGUUCUUCAUUUAAGGUGGUAUGGGACAUCUAUCGAUAUUUAUGUAGAUUUAUGAACAUUAUAAUACCCUCACCGGUUUGAAAUUUUCAAAUUUUUCACAUUCAACCCCCCCCCCCCCAAAAAAAGUUUUAAAGAAUUUUAGAAAUUUCACUUUUAAAUUCUUCAGCGGGACUCGAACUCAUGACUUAAAGAUCCGUAGUGAUUUGUCCAAUCACUGAGUUAUGCUGUUCAGAUUAUAAAGAAACUUUAAAAUUAUACUUGAUUUUUUUGUUUAUUUCGCUAAAUAAUACGUCAUAACAUGUAGGUGUUCCAUACCACUUUAAUUGACAAGGCUAUUAAUUUUAUUCGGAUGGAAACUCUUUCUUUUUAUGUAUUGUCAGUUCUGUUUUUUGUGAAAUAUUUUACCAUUUUUGGGAGUUGAUUUUAAUCAACUUUCCUAUGUAGUUACUCUGGCAAAACGAAAGCGAAACAGUGUUUGGUCCUAAGCACAAAUCAUCACCGCUGACAAGACUUAGAUCUUGAUAAAAAAAAAACCCUGAUAAAUUCGAUGUACUGUAUCCUGAACCAUUCAUAUUCAAGGAAACGUAUUUAUAAAUACCUUGAAAAUAGUCGGAUUUUAAAUGGUACGAACAAUUAAGAGAUUAUUGUAGUCGUGUGAAUUCAUACGCCAGAGUUCAAUUUAGUAUCGGCUCUAUCUGUAAAUCUCCGAGAAACGAAGUCUCUCUUGGUAGUCGGAGAUUAACGAAGAAAGCCGAGCGUCUGGUUGAACGAGACUAGAGUUGAAUAUUGCUUGGAUCCAGAUAUGUGUACAAUUUUAGAAAUGUUACGAUUACUGAUAUAAAGUAUGAUGGAAUUAAUUCUAUCUUUAAAUAUUACCCAAUAUGUUUAACUACUUGCCAUGCAAAAUAUCAUAUCGUUGAUUCUAAAAUUAAUAGUAAUCGAUAAAAUCAACUCCCGUCAGAACUUCAGUACUUUGAUUUAGUUUAUUGAGACAAAGUCUUGGGGAGCUUAUGCAAAAUUAUUGGCAUUGGUGUCGGCGUCCAGAUCUGAUUAAAGGUUUUGUUUGUUACAAGGCCUGUAUCUAAGUUAUUACUUGUCCUAUCUCCAUUUCACUGGCAUGGAUGAUGCAUCUUAACCUACUUAUGGACCUAAAGCACUUAGAUACUGAAUCAAGGCCAUGAAUUUAAGAUCCUAGAAGAGGUUGAGGUUAAGAAGCAGGUUAAAGUUUCUGGGGUUAAUACCUUUUAACUGUCAUACUUGAAUAGGUAAUGCAUCUUGUGAUGCUGAUGCAUGCCACAGCCUUGGAUGCUGAAUCGAAGCUGUAGGUUUCGGAUCCUUGAUGAGGAUAAGUAUUUUGGAGCUGAUUAAAGUUUUUGGAGCAGCUGUACUUUGAUGACCAUACCUCAUUUACUACUGGUCUUAACUUCACCAAACUUGUAUCGUUGUUAUGUUUUACUAUUUGUAUGCCUUUGACAGACUAAAAUGCUGAAUCUGAGCCAAAGGUUUUGGAGCUAGUUAGACUUUUUCGAACAGGUUCCCUUUUAUGAUUAUAUCUAAGUUAUUACUUGCUUUAACCACCAAACAUGCAUUAUGGUGUAUCUUGUAAUUCUAAUGCAGUCCUCGGCCUUGAAUGUUAAAUUAAUAUGAGCCAUAGGUUACGGAAGCUGGAGGAGGUAAAGUUUUUGGGGCAGGUGUCCUUUUAUAGACAAAUCGCUGUUAUUUUUGUUACAAUUUUUACUAAAUUUGGAUACAUGAUGCAUCUUGUGAUACUGAUGCACACCAAAAGCUUGGAUGUUGAAUCUGAGCCAGAUUCAGGAGAACGUUAACGUUAAGGUUUUUGAAGCUGUUCAAAGUUUGGAAGCAGAUGCCCUUAAAUAGAAAAAUCUUUGUUAUUGUUGCUUUAAUCUUUACCACAUUUUCGUAGAUGAUGCAUUUUGUCAUUUCAUGAUAUUGUAACAUCUUAUAUAAUAUUGUUUAAUAUAAUCUUGUUCGAUAUGAUAUGACAUUGUUUAAUGUGAUAUUGUAUCAAAUGAUUUGUAUCAUAUGCUUUACAGUGUUGUAUCAUGAUACAGCAUAUAUAUUAUAAAAUAUCACUAUAUUUUUAUAGUAAUGUAUCAUAUGAUACAAUAUUCUAUCAUAUACCAGGGAUGGGGUAAUAGUAAUUUUUAAUGGUAAUUGAGUGUAAUUAAUUACAUUUUUUGAUGUAAUUGUAAGUAAUGUGCAGUUGGUCCAAUUUUCUAUUACAUGUAAUGGUAAUUUGAUUACUUUAAAAAAAAGGCAUGUAAUUCCAAUUACUUUUCAAUGACUUUCAAUUACACGCUGAUGUACAUAUAAAUAUGAAACUGUUCACGACCCAUUGUUCCCUACAAUAUCCAUAGUACAAGGUCAAGUUAGGAAAAGUAGUCAAAAUCAUUGAAUUUUAAAUUUAUUAUAUUCAUUAUACUAAAUAUUUUUUUUAAAUGAAUUGUUUCAGUGAUUAAAUAUUUAAUCAUAAGAUUUCCCAAAUUUCAUUAAGCACAUGUAUUUGAUGAUUUGCAUGAUCUACAUGUAUUAUCUUAAAAAAAAACGUAUUUUCAUUUUUAUUGGAAUAAUAAGUGUGUCAAUUAUCAUCGAAUUAGUUAAAACAUAAUAACUGUUUAAUUAACAAACAAAAUCAGUCUUAUCUAACUUAUAUAAACUAUCAAGUCAUGCUUUGUAAUUGAUAGCCUAAAUACAUAGAGCUAAAAUUUAUGGCUUCAAAUGGGUUUUAAGUUUCAGAUGCCAAACAUGUCAACAGAGUGUGUUCCCUUAUUGCAAACAUUUGAUAAUUAGGUACAAAACAACACGUGUGAAUUGUGAUUUGAUAACAAUUAUAGUCUGCCCUCUACCAGAUAUUAACCUGUAUUUUUGGCAUUAUAUGUAACUAUAAAGAAAAAAAAAUGGAUAUAAAUGCAAAGGAGAAAAUUUUCAGAUAAAAGUUUUGCAUGCAGGAGAUACUUUAGUUGACAUGAUAGGUGUAGGUUAGGGGAUAUGACUUUUAAAUGUUUAUUGAAUAUCAAGGUGGUACAUAUGGGACACCUCCGUAUUGUGACUACCUGCGCUUUGAAAUAAACAUUAAAACCACAUUUAUAUUUUUUCUUUCCAAAAAUCGUCACCUAUUAGAGAGGUUAGCAAAUUCUGAAAGAGUGAAAGUAUUUGAUUAUGACGAAAUUAUAUUCACAUUAACGAUAUACCUCAUUCAAUUUUUAUACAUCUACAGUAUGUUGUAGCUACCGGUACAACAUGGUUUUAGUAAAUUUUGAUGAAAAUGUAAUUUGUAAUUUAAUUUAUUACAUCUUCAAAGUCAUUUUAAUUUAAUUAAUUACAUUUAAAAAACUUUUGUUAUGGUAAUGGUAAUUUAAUUGAAAAUAUUUAAGAAAAUAAUUGUAAUUUAUUUAAUUACUUUUUAUUGUAAUUGACCCCAUCCCUGUUGUAUACCCAUCAAUUUUCCCUUCUUCAUACUGUCAUUUUAAAUUUUUCAGAUCACCACAUUGGGGGUUUUGGAUUCCCUAUCACCUUUCUCUGAAACUGGUGACGUAGUGCGCAUUAAAUAACGUUUGUAUUUUUAGCGUGCUUUGAAAGUGUUUGUUUAAAAAAAGCUUUGUUAUUAAAGUGAAUGUCCUACUGUGGAUUUCAAAAAAGACAAUGGUAUAAAUCAUUGUAGCAGUAGCUUGAUUCAAAGAGCCUGAUCACGUCUCGUUGCCAGGCGCGGAUCAUCAGAUCAAACUCAACGCUUCGCGUCUUGCUUGAACGAAUGAUCUGCUCCAGGGAAAGAGAUACUUGCAUUCUCCAACUCAUUGAAUCAAGUAACCGUUAUGAUAAAAUAUAUAUCACGUAUCACAAUAUCAUAUCAUAUAAUACAAUAUUAUAUCAAUAGAUAAAAUAUGAUAUGAUUCCAUAUUGUAUGUUGUGUACGGACUUUUCCGGGGUUUUUUUCCCGAUUACGAAAAAGAGCACACGGCGGGUGUGACCUGUCAGCAGAGGAUGCUCACUCCUCCUAGGCAUAUGAUCCUACCUCUAUCUAUUCGGAGGUCCAUGUUCCUCUGCUUUGAAUUUGUAUUUCGUUUUAUAUAUUUCUGAGAUGGUUCAUGGUUUGUUAUUGUCUUUUUUUAAGAUUUCAUAUUAUAUAAUUAUAUAUUUUAUAGUAUUAUUAUAUAAUACAGUUUUAUAUUGUUUUGUAUGUGUCAUGUGUAUCAAAUGACACAAUAUUAAAUAGUAUCAAAUGACAAUAUUGUUGUUUUUCGAAUACACAUGUAGCUUAACAUUACUUUUAUAGUAGUCGAGGCUAGAGUACUUCCGAUUAAAAGUUUUUAAGCAUUAAGUAUGAUUGAAUAAUUAUGUGACUGUAUAAAUUAAUGAUUGAAUAAUUCUGUCACUGUAUAAAAGUUAAAAUCUCAAGAAAAAUGCAUCAAAAUAAAUAUGAAAUUACUUUACACAAA